AUGAUAUCAGCAUUCUUUAUAUUCAAUCAAAAAGGAGAAGUGUUGAUAUCGAGACUAUUCAGACAAGAUUUGAAACGAUCUAUAUCAGAUGUAUUCCGUAUUCAAGUAAUAUCUAAUCCGGAUGUUCGUUCUCCCAUAAUUACAUUGGGCUCAACAUCUUUCUUUCACGUGAGAAUAAAUAACGUGUACGUGGUUGGAGUCACAAAAUGCAAUGCGUCCGCGGCUUUGGUAUUCGAGUUCCUGUAUCGGUUCAUAACGAUUUCUAGAAGCUAUUUUACUAAAUUAGACGAAGAAAGUGUGAAAAACAACUUUGUACUGAUAUACGAAUUACUGGAUGAAAUCAUUGACUUUGGAUUCCCUCAAAAUUCUGAGAUUGAUACGCUGAAAAUGUACAUAACGACGGAGAGUAUUAAAUCUGAAAUGGCAGUUAGAGAAGAUUCGUCGAAAAUCACUAUACAAGCUACAGGUGCAACGUCAUGGCGCCGAUCAGAUGUCAAAUAUAGGAAGAAUGAAGCUUUUGUUGAUGUUAUUGAGACUGUUAAUCUCCUGAUGAGUAAAGAGGGCGCUGUAUUAAGAGCAGAUGUUGAUGGACAGAUUCUUAUGAGAGCAUAUCUGAGUGGAACGCCAGAAUGUAAAUUCGGUCUGAACGAUAAAUUGGUCUUACAAAAGCGAGGGAACGAAGCUUCCAAAUCUGACGGAGCGGUAGAAUUGGAUGAUUGUCAGUUCCAUCAAUGUGUAAGAUUAGGUAAAUUCGAUUCGGAUAGAAGUAUCAGUUUCAUACCUCCCGAUGGAGAAUUUGAACUCAUGAGAUAUCGAUCAACAUCAAACAUAAACCUGCCAUUCCGAUUACAAACUCAUGUAACUGAACCAUCGAGAUCAAAAGUAGAAUACACAAUUCAUCUCAAAGCGAAUUUCGACCCUAAAUUAAAUGCCAAUAAUGUGGUUUUACGUAUUCCAACGCCAUUGAAUACUACUGGUGUUCAAGCUAAAGUGGGAGUUGGAAAAGCUAAAUACGUCCCUGGGGAGAAUGUCAUUAUAUGGAAGAUACCUCGAUUACAAGGAGCGCAAGAAUGCACUUUGACUGCUGAAGCUGAUCUGGCGACUACGACACAUAGACAAGCAUGGUCUAGGCCACCUAUACAACUUGAUUUCUCAGUGGUCAUGUUUACUGCGUCAGGAUUACUAGUUCGGUUCUUGAAAGUAUUCGAGAAAAGUGGUUAUCAAAGUGUCAAAUGGGUCAGAUAUCUAUCGAAAGCUAAUGGAUCUUAUCAAAUAAGGUUUUAA